UGAUUUACUUUUGGUUUUAUUGUUCUUCGAAAUAAAAAUACAUAUCAAAUAAUCAGUGUAAAGUAAGUGCAGUUUUUGUUCCGACAACACAAACACACAUUAUUCGUCAUGAGUAAUCAGAAAUUUGACUCGCGUUCAGGUUGCCUGGACUAUGGCAACAGCUACGAAUUCUUAAUGGCAGCUUAUUAUGCACUAAAAUUAAGCUUAAAUGAAGCCGUUUCCGACUUCAAGAUGUCAACAAACAACAACGACAUGGGUAAUUUCGAUGACGUCGUCCUUGAAGUUAAAUACAGCGACGGCGAUGAACACUUGUACGCUCUGCAACUCAAACACCGCGGAGUCAAAGAAGAUAGCAUAACCUUGCAAGCUUUCGACGCGGAAAAAGGAGGAAAGUUCGGGUUGAAGAAGUACUGCCAGGGUUUUAAAGAUACGGAGAAAAUCUGUCGGGAUAACAAGUCCUACACUAUACCUUUCGAAAAGUUCCACUUUAUACUCUACACGAAUCAGGUACUUCCAAAAUUUCACGCGUACGACAAAAACCACCAAAAAGUUGAUUCUGACGAAGUUCAGCUUAAAUCGAAAGUGACGAUCUACAGACAUGACGAAUGUGUAGCAAGAGGGUUGUUAGAUUUGAGUGAAACUGACGCUUUUUUUAUUUACAAGUUUCGAAAUGGCGAUAAAACACAGUUGGAUGAGGAAUUCUUAAAGCAGUUUCUGCUUUACACCAAGCAGAAGGACGCUCAAGAGAUCGAAUGUCGGAUAAGUAAGUUCAUUUGCAAUCUCUUCGACAACUGCGAUAACACUGUUAUCACUAAUUAUAUAAAUUUUUUCAAAUAUUGGUGGAGGCGUGAUUUCGGAAAUCUUAAGUUGACCAAAAGAGAUAUUAUGUUGAAACUGUCCGAGUACAUCUUGACACCUCAUAUUCCACAAGUCAUUUUCACUACAUUGUCACACAGGAAAAAAUUUGAUUUACUGGAUCAGUCUUUUGCAAAUUUUGACCUAACUGUUGUUGAAGAAUCAGAAAGUCCAGACAUUGACGAAACAAUAUGGACUGUCAUUUUGAAAGACCACUUCGAAGGGGUGGACUUAUCGUCAUGGUCUCACCCAUCUUCAGACACAAAUAUAACCUUUUUCGCGAAUACAAACAUCCCCAUUUCGGCUCAAGGAGAAAAUUUUAUCGAACAGUCGUUGAAAAAAGUUUACGUUAUUUUGUGGCACAUGGAUAAAGUGCCCCUUUUUAUCAAAAUCAACCCCAAUUCCAAAAAAGCGAUUUAUGCCGCCAUCAAACUUUGUGAAAACCACGAAAAGAAGAAGAAAUUCGUUGUACUGGACCAAAAUUUCGACGAUGAAGAAUUCAGCGACGAGGUGACAAUUUUUCAAAAAUUGUCAGAUUUGGUUAGUUGUUCUGUGUACGACGAAAUUUCUCACAGUGUGGAGGUGUCUCUACAAGGCCGCGAAAACAUCCGUCUUGACCGACUACUAGACAUUGAUCCUGAUUUUCAUGAAAUAAUCUCAGUUAAGGAAAUUAUCCAAAUGCUGAACAAUAGCUUCGUGGUUGGCAACGACUGCAAGAAAGACGUAUCAAAACAUUACGUAACAAGAUUUUGUCCAAAAAUUUUGCUGGCCUCUGGUGCUAUCGACGAAAUGGUGGACGAUAUUUUUGUUGUCAGUCUUAACGGGUUCGUGAAUUUUAAACCAAAAAGCCACACUUACGCUCUAAAUAAGUACCUCGUGUUGAAAGAAAAUGCCAGUGCUAGUCAAUUUCCAAACAAAUUUGUGAUUUUGGUUGACAAUGUGUGGAAUCAAGACGAUUUCGCAAAAAUCUGUCUCUUAAACCAAGAUAGGAACUGUCAUCAUGUUAAAGUCGUUUCAAAGAAUUCCAUAGAGUGGUUGGAAACUCAAGGUAGUGUUAAGUGUCUAAAACCGCAUCAAUUAGAUUUUCAUCAUUUUGACAACAACGGUUUUGUGGAAGAUUCAGACAUGCUUGAGUACUUCUCAAACAGAAUUAAUGUCCUGUGUGCCGGUCCUGGUAUGGGGAAGUCUAUUUUGUUGAAAUUUUUAAAGUACAAGUGUCCACCAGAUCGUUGGGUUAUUUUUAUCAAUCUCAACGACCAUAUCAAAUUUUUUAGAGAAGAACACGACUUUGAAGAAAUCGUCACCUAUUUUCUAAAACACGAAAGUGAACAACGUUUUGUCAAAGACUGCAUUAAAAUAUACGCAGCUAGACGACGAAUCCUCUUUUUGUGGGACGGUUUUGACGAACUACCAGUCAACAGUGUCCAGAAUGUGGUUUCAUCGGUUAAAAAAAUAGCAGAAGAGGGUUUCUUUCAGUGGAUUGCAGCGCGAGACAACUCGAAGGAAUUUCUAGAAAACACGUUUGGUCUUCUAGCGGUGACGGUCACUCAGUUCAGUGAAAAAAAUCAGAAGGAAUAUAUCUACAAUCACUUGACGGAGAAAUAUGAUGACGACGAAAAAGUCCAGUUGAUGGUGUCAAAGCUGAACAAAAAUAUGUCAUCGUCUUUGAGCUGCGGAUACUUUGACUAUUCAGGAGUUCCUCUACAAAUCUACAUGGUGAUGGAAAUUUUUCUAAAAAACCCGGAGAAAUACCUAGAGGAAGUCAAAAUCGUUACGUUGACUGACAUCUACACCGAGUUCGUUGAUGGAAAAUUUCGAAACUUAUAUGAACGGGCGAACGCUAGUAAGAACAAUUACGUGAUGCAGAAAAUCCAGAAAAAGUAUAAAGAGAGUCAAGUUCUCCUAUACGAAGUAGCGGCGUUAAAAGCGUCGUUCGACGAAGCAACUUUUUCCUCAUUGAAUCUAGAUUGUCACGAUUUUUUGCAAAAAGUUGAACACGACAGAGAUCGCUUGGGUCUGAUUUUUGGCUUCAAUGACGAAAGGAAGCCGAUAUUCACCCAUAAGACGUUUGAAGAAUUUUUGACAGCGUCUUGGUUAGUCAAAAAUUACAAGGCCUUUCCAAAACUGUUGCAAGUGAUACUUGAUCAUGACCAGAGGAAUGUAAGAUUGAUGUUUGAUAUGAUUUUGGCAAAAGACAGUCCGAUUCAUAUUGCAGUUUUGUAUCGACAUUUGGACGUUUUGGAGGGUAGUACUGAAGACUUGUCAGUUUGUAAAGAUAAGGGUGGUCGGAACCCGUUACACGUUGCUUGUGCUUGGGGAACGAAACACCCUAGAGUCAACGUUUAUGACAAGAACAUAAUUUUGACUGAUGAAAUAUCCAACAACCCUGACGAAAAUGUGGAAAUUGUUAAAUUUCUUCUAACUCGUGGCUGCAAUCCGUUCGAAACGGACAAACUAUACCAGUGGAAUGUUGUAGAGUAUUGUGACCGAACACUAUCACUUGCACUACUUGAAGUACUCGUGUCGUCUAACUGUAUCAAUCUAACUGAUCUGCCAAACUUCGACAUUAUCAAUUUGUUGUACUACAGUGUUCAAUUUAAUUAUCCCAGUGUGUUCUACCAACUCAAAAUUUAUCCAUACAUCGAGAUUCUCGAAGGCGAAGACACCCGAACGCUCCUCCAGCUUGCAGUCAAAAUGGAUAGAACUGAUUUCGUAGCAACACUGUUAUCUCAACCUCAGUAUCAAGAAGUUAUCAAUAAACCAUUUAAAGAUUUAGGAGGUCCAUUGUUCACAGCAGCUUCUCACGGUAAUUUGCAGAUGUUUAGACUCCUCCAAGAAAAAGGCGCCAAGUUGGGUCAACACCAAAUAUCGCCUUUGAUUUUUGCCGCUGCUAUGGGUUUCACUGAUUUUUGUCAGAAGUUGUUAAGCGAAGACAAAAUGGACCCGAAUCAAUAUAACACCGAUGGCAAUUCUGUUCUUCAAGUGGCAGCCUUAAGAAAUCAUAUUGACAUUAUGAGGUUGCUACUUGAUCAUGGAGCUGAUGUUAAUUAUGUGAAUUAUAUGGACCACACAGCUUUGGAUUUUUGUAUAGAUAAUAAAUCUUUGGAAGGUGUUUGCUUGUUGAUAGAAUACAAAGCUGAUCUUAACAGAGUAAGUAAGACAUUGUAUGGUUAUACCCCUCUUCACAAUGCUUGUGAACUGAACGACGAAGAAAUCGUCAAGUUGUUGCUACAGCACGGAUCUGACCCCACAAUUAAAUCAAACAUGCUGUACACUCCACUGCACGUUGCUUUAAUCAACAAGCAACAGAACAUUGCGAAAAUACUAAUCGAAGCAAAUCCUAGUGUUAUCAAUGAAUACUCUGAAGAAAAGUCAACCGCUGUGACUCUAGCUGCUUUGAACAAUUACUACGACAUUAUCGAGCUUUUGGCUACAUUGGGGGCAGAUUUGGACAGUAAAGAGUGCAAAGAUUCGCCUUUACGCAUUGCCACGUUAAAAGGUUUUGACAAGUCUGUUGAAAUUUUGAUAAAAUAUGGUGCCGACGUUAAUAGACGAGACAAUCAUGGAUUUACCCCUUUAUUUUAUGCGAUCGUCAAUGAUAACAUUCUGAAAAUGUUUCUAGAUCACUCGACGACUGAUGUGAAUGCUAAAAGUUACUCGUUCGUGACAGCUCUUCAUUUUGCUGCCCAGAAUGGAAAAGUUCAUGCAACUGAAGAAUUGCUUCAACAUGGAGCUGAAGUUAAUGCCAAAGAUUGCAAAAGUGAGACUCCUCUGCACUAUGCUAUCAUUGCAAAAGAUGAACGUGUGGUUAAAUGUUUGUUAAAAUAUAGCGCAAACUUAGAAGAUGGUAUCAGUUUGAUACGACUGGCUUGUAUUUAUGACGCUCCUGAUUGUCUGCUAACUCUUCUCAAUUCUGGUGUCGAUAUUAAUGUCAAAGACGACCAAGGAAGGACUGCUCUUCAUUUUGCUGCUACGACAAGUCUGUACUGCGUUAAACUGUUAGUUAUGAAAGGCAUUAACGUAAAUGUAUGUGAUAAUGUCGUCUUGAGCCCCCUAUGUUAUGCAGUUUUCUUGGGUAAAAUUGAUAUUAUUAGAGAAUUGAUUAACAGUGGUGACGAUAUUACAAAAGGUUUUGGUUCCUCAAGCCCUCUACAUCUGUCAGCAGGAGUUGGCGACGUUGCCACACUUAUACUUUUAAUCAAAAUUGGCUGCAAUGUUAACGCUCGGGAUGAAACAGGAAGAACGCCUCUACACUGCUUAGUUGAAAAAAUUCCAGGCCCCUUCGUUUUCGAAGUUAUCAAAUUUAUAUCAAGUUGUAAGAUCAAGAUUGACUUGGAACGCAGUUAUGACAACUGUGCCUAUGAACUUCUGGACAAAGAUGCAGACGUCACUUUGAAAAAUAACUUUGGGUGGAGUCCUCUCGUCACCGCUGUUUUGACUAAUAACGUGGACAUGGUGACACUGUUUGUCAAAAAAUUUCACCAUAGAGGUGACUUGGCAGACGAGUUUAAAAAGUGUUUUCUUGCUGCUGUUUCUAAAAACUUUUUGGACAUUCUUCAGUUUCUGAUCGAGGAGAAUGUCACUGAUGUUAAUACCAAAGAAGAAAGAACUUUGAUGACCGCUCUUCAUUAUGCAUGUGUUAAAGAUGCCUAUGACUGUGCUGCGUGUUUGGUGAAGAAUGGUGCUGAUGUUAACGCUAUGACAGUAGAUGGUUGUACACCUUUAUAUUUUUCUGCUUCUAUGGGUAGUUUUCGUAUUGUCAGACUCUUGGUUGAGCAUCAGGCCGAAGUUGAUGUUCGUAAUUUUCAUGGAAAUAGUAGUUUGUUUGCUGCUGCUGCUCAAGGUUUCUUAGAUAUUGUGAAAUUUCUUCACGGUUGUGGUGCUGACGUAAAUGUAGUAGAUGACGAUGGGGAUGUUCCUUUGCAUGAUGCUGCGGCUCGGGGACAUGUGGAGGUUCUUCAGUACUUAAUUUCGAACAAGGGGGAUGUUAAUUGUAGGAAUAAAAGUGGUAAAUUGCCGAUUGAUCUAGCUAGGGAUAAUGAACAAGAAGAAAUUGUGAAGGUUUUACAAGCAUUUUGACACAAAUUUAUUAAUGAAUGAUUUUCCACCAGCAAUUUUUGGGGCAUAUUUAUUUAUGUGAGAAUGCUUACAUCAGUCAAUAAAAAUAGACAUAAGAAUGUCACCUAUAAAGAAUUUUAAUUAUUUACCUUAAUUUUAAUGAAUUUUAAAUUACUAUUACAUCAUUGACGGCGCCUAUUUGUAAUACUCCCACAGCAAAUCGUGAAUUAUUAACUGUCACAGGAAACAACUCAUUACCAUUACAACAUUUUUUUUCUAAAAUUCUGGGCAUUUCUAAAAUAUUCACACUGCUUGUGUGUAUAACUGGUUUUAUUAGGUUAUCAUAAAAUAAUCAGCAUUGAUAACAACAGAGUUUUUAUAUUUAUGUGUCUUUAUUUUGUUUACUGCGGCGUUUGCAAUAAAAUUUUUAUCAAAGAGGUGGAAUUUGAUACUCAAUCGUGGACUAUUUAGGUUACUCAGUUUAUAUUUAUCACUACAUUUUCUUCACUCGUUGAGUAAACAUUCCAUUAAAAUAAAAUAGCAAUUAAGGAUAUUGUGGCUAUCUUAAUUACAUUACCUUUAAGUAUACUAUUCGUUGUCUUAUCUCAGUGUAUAAUUAAAUGCACUUAAAUAUCACUUUAUCUAAAACCGGAAUAAAUGCAUUUUCCUUAUCGACUAUUGUUAACGCAGUAACAAUCUUUCAGGAGUUAAUUUUGUACAUAUUUUGACGAUAAUAAUUUUUUUAAAACAAUGAAAAU